CCGUCCCGUCCCUUCGGUCCCACUGCGCCCAGGACUUCCCGCCUCUGCGAGCGAGCGGAGCUGUCCUCUCCAGGACCAGGCGGGGGCGGGGCUUCGGCCAGGCCGCCCCGCGCCGGCCCCACCGCCACCCCACUGCCGGAAGUGCCUCCCCGCUGGGACAUCUUUGACGUCACAGGGCUCUGAUGUCAACGGUCGCGUGCCUGCCCGCGCGCGCUGGGGCGGCGGAGGAGGAGGAGGAGGGGGAGGAGGUGAGAAGCAGCAGCGCCCCAGCCGCGGGCGACGGGACAUCCCCGCCCGGGCAGUGCGCCGGCACCUUGGCUCUAGACUGCUUACUGCCCGGGCCUCCCUCAGUAACAGUCUCCAGUCACGGCCACCGACGCCUGGCCCCGCCCCAGGACCGCCGACCCCGGGCCCCCUCCGCGCCUCCCUGCGCCGCUGUCCGCGGUGCUGAUGCAGCGCAGGAGCCUCCCUCGGGCCCGCCCGUCCCAGGUCCCCGCGGGCCGCGGUGGGCGCUGGUCCCGCACACGCUCUCGCACAGCCCUCGCCGCCCCCGCCGCCCGCGGUGCUGACGUCAGCCUGACGGUCCCGCCCCCGCGUCUCCAGGGCAACCGUGGCUUUCGAUUGUUACUGUGGGAACCGGAGGUAACAGUCUACAGCCAUGGUCGCCCCGCAGCACGCCCACGCUCCCCACCACGCCGAGUUCUGCCAGCCCUGGUUUGGGCAGAUGCAGAGCAAGAGGAGGCGGGGCGGCGACGCAACAUCCGAUGUGUCUGCGGGGGUGGCAGGAGGUGUGCUCAGAGAGGCGGCCUGCGAGGCUGCUGCGCAUCCACCCAGGCACAGAAGCAAGCGAGGUCCGCGGAGUGUCUGACCAUCCUUCUCAGUGACUGUCCAGUCUUUCCAGUCGAGGUAUCUGCUACCUAAUGGUGGCGAGGAAAUGGGUUGUUCUGGGAUUCUUAUCUCCUGGGGGUGGAGGACAGAAGGAUAGAAGACACACGUUGGCCUGCAAAGGUUAAAGGGAGUGGAGAGGGAAGUUUAUCACACCUUUCUUCCAGAAACCCCCAUGUGAGCAGGCAGAGGGCAGAGCAGAGAGGACAAAGAAUCCAUUUCCUGAUAGAGCUACAGCCUCUCUAUGACUCUGGCCCCCAACUUUCCCCUGAGCCACGGAAGAUGAUUAAAAGGGUCCUUGCCA